CGUUUUAUUUUCUCACACCCACGGCUUUGGCUGCUUAAUUGCAGACGGCACAUGGGCGUCCUCGUCUGCUGAAGCCCCGCGCGGAUAGAGAACUGCUCCCAGGCUGCAGGUGCCAACCCGUUGCGCAUUUGAGACGUCCUGAUCCAGAUGGGAUGUAAUGUUGUGUGGCUGCACAGCUGAGCAUUGGUCUCCUUCUGCGCUGCUUCGUGAAGAUUGGCUUUCGGUGCCCAGAGAAUGGCGCGGUUCGGAGACGAGGUACCGGGCAGGUAUGGAGGAGGGUCCGGCGGUGGCGGAGGCGGCGGUGGCCCGGGCGGCCGCGGCGGGAGCAGGCAAGGAGGAGCUCACGGACACGGACAUGGCCACGGGCACGGGCAUGGCCAUGGACAUGGGCACGGUGCCCCGGGAGGCCCCGGGGCCCAAAGAAUGUACAAGCAGUCUAUGGCGCAGAGAGCGCGCACUAUGGCUCUGUAUAACCCCAUCCCCGUGCGCCAGAACUGCUUCACCGUCAACCGCUCGCUCUUCAUUUUCAGCGAGGAUAACUUCGUGAGGAAAUACGCCAAAAAGAUCACCGAAUGGCCUCCGUUUGAGUGGAUGAUUCUAGCCACCAUCAUUGCCAAUUGUAUUGUCCUGGCCCUGGAACAGCAUUUACCCGAUGGGGACAAGACGCCGCUGUCUGAACGCCUUGAUGAUACGGAACCCUACUUCAUAGGAAUAUUCUGUUUUGAAUCUGGUAUAAAGAUCUUGGCACUUGGUUUCGCCUUCCACAAGAACUCCUACCUGAGGAAUGGAUGGAAUGUCAUGGACUUUGUGGUUGUGCUCACAGGGAUCUUGUCCACUGUGGGUUCAGACUUUGACUUGAGGACGCUAAGGGCUGUGCGAGUACUGAGGCCCCUUAAACUGGUGUCUGGUAUUCCCAGUUUGCAGGUGGUGCUCAAAUCUAUAAUGAAGGCCAUGAUUCCACUGCUGCAAAUUGGCCUCCUGCUUUUCUUUGCCAUCCUCAUGUUCGCCAUCAUUGGUCUGGAGUUCUACAUGGGCAAAUUCCACACAACCUGCUUUGACAAUCACACAGGUGAGAUCCGGGAAGAGUUUCCAUGUGGGACAGAACCUCCAUCACGCCAGUGUCCAGAGGGAACCACGUGUCGACAGUACUGGCAGGGACCAAAUUAUGGUAUCACCCAGUUUGACAACAUCCUGUUUGCUAUUCUCACUGUCUUCCAGUGUAUCACCAUGGAGGGCUGGACUGAACUGCUCUACUAUAGCAAUGAUGCCUCAGGGAGUGCAUGGAACUGGAUGUACUUCAUCCCUCUCAUCAUCAUUGGCUCCUUCUUCAUGCUCAACCUGGUGCUGGGUGUAUUGUCAGGGGAGUUUGCCAAAGAGAGAGAGCGUGUGGAGAACAGGAGUGAGUUCCUGAAGCUCAGAAGACAACAGCAAAUUGAACGGGAACUCAAUGGCUACCUUGAGUGGAUCUGCAAAGCUGAAGAGGUCAUCUUGGCAGAUGAUGAAAAUAAUGGAGAUUAUGACGGUUCCCGUAGAAGAGCCGCAAAGAACCACAAGAGCAAAGCUGAGCUUCUAAACACGGAGGAUGGGGAAGGAGAUCUUUCAGUCGGGUCACCAUUUGCACGUGCCAGCUUGAAGAGGUCCAAGCUCGAAGGAUCAACUUUUAAACGGCGAGAGCGACGACUACGCUUUUUCAUCCGACACAUCGUUAAGUCUCAGGCGUUCUACUGGACUGUGUUGUGUUUGGUUGGCCUAAACACGCUGUGUGUGGCUGUAGUGCAUUACAACCAGCCGGAACCGCUUUCAGAUUUUCUAUACUAUGCCGAGUUCAUUUUCCUGGGAAUCUUUCUAACAGAGAUGUUUAUAAAGAUGUAUGGUCUGGGCAGACAGGCCUACCUCAACUCCUCCUUCAACUGUUUCGACUGCAUUGUGAUAUGUGGUAGCAUAUUUGAAGUGCUUUGGUCCGUCAUCCAGCCAGGCACAUCAUUUGGUAUAAGUGUACUGCGAGCUCUCAGGUUACUGAGGAUCUUCAAAGUUACCAAGUACUGGGCAUCUUUGCGUAACCUUGUCGUCUCUCUACUUAACUCCAUGAAGUCAAUUAUCAGCUUGCUCUUCCUGCUCUUCCUCUUCAUAGUUGUCUUCGCCUUGCUGGGCAUGCAGCUCUUUGGAGGACAGUUUAAUUUUGAAAGUGGCACGCCCCCAACCAACUUUGACACCUUUCCCGCAGCAAUAAUGACAGUUUUCCAGAUCUUAACUGGAGAAGACUGGAAUAUGGUGAUGUAUGAUGGCAUCGAGUCUCAGGGCGGAGUCAACAAGGGCAUGGCCUUCUCUGUCUUCUUCAUCGUACUCACGCUUUUCGGCAACUACACUCUGCUCAAUGUAUUCUUGGCUAUCGCUGUGGACAACUUGGCCAAUGCCCAGGAACUAACCAAGGAUGAGCAGGAAGAAGAAGAGGCCGCCAGUCAGAAAAUUGCCCUGCAGAAAGCCAAGGAGGUGGCUGAAGUCAGCCCCCUGUCUGCUGCCAACCUGUCCAUCGCUGCUAAGGAGCAACAGAGGAACCACAAUAAGGGGGUCAGUAAGUCAGUAUGGGAACAACGUACCAAGGAGCUGCGGAAGCAGACACUGGCAUCGAGUCGUGAGGCACUCUAUAACGAGCUGGACCCCGAUGACCGCUGGAAGGCAAGGACAGGGAGAGCAGAGCACAACAAUGUCAACUUCUCACGACAUGUCCGUCCAGACAUGAAGACCCACCUGGAUCGACCACUUGUGGUUGACCCCCGCGAGAACCAAAACAACAACACCAAUAAGAACACUGCAAAUAAUUCAGACUUGUGCUUCAGCCAGCAGCAUUCUGCUGAGGAUCUUAACCGACAAACACACAUGCAAGAACAGGGUGGACAUGUUGGAGAGCCAGGUCCAGCCAGACUUCCGUUGGAACGUGGUGAGUCUACUGAGAGCAGGCGAAGCCAGAAAGCUGAGCAUCGACACCACAUCUCUCAUGUCCGAUUGGAUGCUACAGUGAUUCCUGGUCCAGACUCCGAGGAACGAUCAUCCAGGCGGCAUCACCACACCAGAAACGGCAGUCGAGCCGGAGGACAGUCAGAACACAGGAAGCCCAGGUCACAUCGUAAGACUGCAGAAGAUGAAGACAGUGUGGAAGGAGGUGGAAAAACAGGAUGGCACAAGAACACAAGAAUGGAUGGAGAUAGAGAAGGAGGAGAACAAGAUGAAACUGGUGAUGGCAGUGAGAGGAGACCAAGACGGAAUCGUCACAGCAACCCGCCAGAGGGUGAAGGGAAGAAGAUGUGUCAGCGGCGUAGAAAGGAUUGCAGUGCCCCAAACCUCUCCACCACAAGGCCCAUUCAAAAGAGUCUCUCCAGACAGGACAGCCAGUACAGUGAGGAUAUGGACAACCUCAUGAACACCAAACUGGUCUCUGGUUCCAGCCCACCCAUCGAGGGUUGCCCUAAUCCAGUUGUCAACCGCACUAUGGCCCACAGCUUUGGAUCAGCACUCUAUCUAACAAGCAGCAGCACUCAUGGGAGUUUGGUGGCUUUAGAGCGCUAUGGGAACAUUGGGCAUCGACGUGCCAACAGCAUCAUUCGGCUCACCCACCCUGAUUACACAGCUAUAGACAUUCCAAUUUUCCCAUCCACGAAUGCCAUACUUCAGGUCAACAAGAAUGCAAACACAGAGCCCCUGCCACCGAAGGAGGAUAAGGACGACGAUGAUGAUGAUGACAGGGGAGGUGAAGGAGGACCUAGACCUAUGCCUCCCUUUACUGCCAUGUUUAUCCUGACCACCACCAACCCGUUCCGACGAGCAUGUCACUAUGUGUGCACCCUACGUUAUUUUGAGAUGUGCAUCCUGCUGGUUAUUGCCAUGAGCAGUAUUGCCCUUGCUGCUGAGGACCCAGUCUGGCCUGAUUCCCCCCGUAACAAUGUUCUACGUUAUUUUGACUAUGCAUUCACUGGAGUGUUCACAUUUGAAAUGUUGAUAAAGAUGGUGGAUCUGGGGUUGGUCAUGCACCCGGGCUCUUAUUUCCGGGACUUGUGGAACAUCCUUGACUUUAUAGUGGUUAGUGGUGCUCUGGUGGCCUUCGCCUUCACCGGCGGCGGCGGGAGCAGCAAGGGGAAGGACAUCAGUACCAUCAAGUCUCUGAGGGUCCUGAGAGUGUUACGACCUCUGAAGACAAUCAAACGUCUCCCCAAACUCAAGGCUGUGUUUGACUGCGUGGUGAACUCUCUGAAGAAUGUACUCAACAUCCUGAUUGUCUACUUACUCUUCAUGUUCAUCUUUGCUGUGGUAGCUGUGCAGCUCUUCAAAGGACGCUUCUUUUACUGCACUGAUGAAUCCAAAGAGUUUGAACGUGACUGCAGGGGCGAGUAUUUGGUGUAUGAACGUGAAAACGAAGUGAAGGCACAGAAGCGGGAGUGGAAGAAAUACGAUUUCCACUACGACAACGUGGCUUGGGCCCUACUCACCCUCUUCACUGUGUCUACUGGAGAGGGGUGGCCGCAAGUGCUGAAGCAUUCAGUGGAUGCGACUUAUGAGAACCAGGGUCCGAGCCCAGGAUACCGAAUGGAGAUGUCCAUCUUUUACGUGGUGUACUUCGUGGUCUUCCCCUUCUUCUUCGUCAACAUCUUUGUCGCCCUCAUCAUCAUCACCUUCCAAGAGCAAGGGGAUAAGAUGAUGGAGGACUACAGUUUAGAAAAGAAUGAGAGAGCCUGCAUUGACUUUGCUAUCAACGCCAAACCUCUGACCCGCCACAUGCCUCAGAACAAGCUCAGCUUUCAGUACCGCAUGUGGGAGUUUGUGGUGUCGCCCCCAUUUGAGUAUACAAUCAUGGCAAUGAUCGCACUCAACACGGUUGUCUUAAUGAUGAAGUACAACGGAGCUUCUGAUACCUAUGAAGCUGUGUUAGUCAAUCUGAACAUCGUGUUUACUGCCCUCUUCUCGCUGGAGUGUGUGCUGAAGAUCAUCGCCUUUGGAGCACUGAAUUAUUUCAAGGAUGCCUGGAAUAUCUUUGACUGUGUAACAGUUCUUGGCAGUAUUACUGACAUCCUGGUUACCGAACUUGGGAUGAAUAAUUUCAUCAACCUGAGUUUCCUGAGGCUGUUCAGGGCAGCUCGUCUCAUCAAGCUGCUGAGACAGGGAGAAACCAUUCGCAUUUUGCUCUGGACCUUCGUUCAGUCAUUCAAGGCACUGCCUUAUGUCUGCCUUCUCAUUGCCAUGCUAUUCUUCAUCUAUGCCAUUAUUGGGAUGCAGCUGUUUGGAAAUAUUGCUAUUGAAGAGGAUGGAGAGAUUGCCAUCAACCAGCACAACAACUUCAGGACCUUCAUACAGGCUCUCAUGCUUCUCUUCAGGAGUGCAACAGGAGAGGCGUGGCAUGAUAUCAUGCUAGCAUGUCUCGGGGGUAAGCAGUGCGACCCCCUGUCAGGGAAUACAGAGCCAGAGUGUGGCAGCCAGGUUGCCUAUCUCUACUUUGUCUCCUUCAUCUUCUUCUGUUCAUUCUUGAUGCUGAAUCUGUUUGUAGCCGUCAUCAUGGACAACUUUGAGUACCUGACUAGAGACUCAUCUAUACUGGGACCACACCACCUGGAUGAGUAUGUCAGAAUAUGGGCAGAGUAUGAUCCUGCUGCAUGCGGGCGAAUUCAUUAUAAGGACAUGUACAGUUUAUUGCGAGUUAUCGACCCGCCUCUUGGCUUAGGAAAGAAAUGCCCCCAUAGGGUGGCCUGCAAGAGACUACUCCGUAUGGAUCUUCCUGUGGCUGAUGACAACACAGUCCACUUCAACUCCACCCUCAUGGCUUUGAUCCGCACAGCACUGGACAUUAAGAUUGCAAAGGGUACGGAAGGUGGAAUUGACAAGCACCAGAUGGAUGCAGAGCUGAGAAAGGAGAUGAUGGCAAUCUGGCCUAAUCUUUCCCAGAAGACUUUGGAUUUGCUCGUCACACCACACAAAGCUACUGAUCUGACUGUUGGCAAAAUCUAUGCUGCCAUGAUGAUCAUGGAGUACUACCGUCAGAGCAAGAUCAAACGCUCACAGGCUCUUCGGGAUGAGCAGAAUCGAACGCCAUUGCUGUUUCAGCGGGUGGAGCCCCCUUCCCCUGUUCAGGAUGGAAGGCCGGGAUUAAACACGCCCUUCCCACCUGAGACAACGGGCACUGUCAAUAACCUGCAAGUGGAAAAGGGGGUUCCAGAGAGCCAUUCAUGGAUGACAGCAAGGGCUCAGGAGAUGUCCAGAAAGGCUGGCAGCUGGAGCCCAGAUGGACACCCUGUGGCUGGCCUAGGGAACAUGGCUAAUUCCCAGACCAUCAAUGACAGUAGUCCCAUGAAACGCUCGGCCUCCUCACUUGGUCACAGUAGGUCUGGGUGUGGCCACAGGGAGAAAGGACGAGCGGAUGAUUACACAAUGGAGCGUGUAAUACCUGAAGAGGGAAGAACUUCGAGACACGGACACCGCCGAAAAGACCGGAGUCAUCGAACCUCCGAGAGGUCCCUGUGCCGCUACACUGAUGCUGACACAGGCCUGGGGUCAGACAUGAGCACAACCAAUCAAUCAGGUGACCUCUUAGCCAAGGACAAGGAUCGUGACAAAGACCGUGGUCGGUCCAAAGAUCGGAAGCACCACCACCACCAUCACCACCACCAUGGGUCAGUGGAGAAGGAGCGUUAUGUAGCAGAGCGAGGAGGCGAGCAUGGACACAGGCACUCCCGUGACAGAGAGCAUGACCGCGAGCGGGACCGGCGUUGGUCACGAUCGCCUAGUGAGGGUCGUGAAUGCCUAACACAUAGACAGGGCAGUAGUUCGGUGAGUGGAAGUCCAGUCCCUUCGACCUCGGGGACCAGUACACCCCGCAGAGGCCGCCGACAGUUGCCCCAGACCCCAGCAACACCCCGACCCCAUGUUACCUACUCCCCUGUGGUCCGUAAAGCCAUACCCACACCACCUGGGGGACCGCAGGGUCGAACCCCUGCCUCAGCCCCCCGUCACUUUUCUCCUGAGCAUCCCCAAGGUCAAGGCCCUCAUCCACCUGGCAUCUCACUGGCCCACCAUGGCACACCACGCCAGGGUCAUCAUCCUCCCUCACGUUGGGGGGAUUCAGGUGGAGGCGGAGGCUCCAUGGAAGGAGAUGGCUGUUUCUACAACCAGGACUACGAGCCUCACCAUGAACCUCCUGCCUAUGAGCAGAACCCCAUGCAGGGCGGCAACCCUCAUUCACAUGCACUGCCACCUCCUCAUCAAUCACAACCUCACAACCCUCAUCCUCUGCCUCCUCCGCAUCCCCACCCCACAAACAACCCCCAUCACACAGCCCACUCUCAACCCAGUCGCACCCCACCGAGGACUGCUCACCAUGCACCCCCUCCAACCACUGCAUUGACUGGGCCCGGACAAGGCCAAGUGCAACCCGCUGCCCAACGUCGCCUUCCCAAUGGCUACCGCUCUUCCUCACCAUCCACACAUCACCAUGUACCCCCACAUAUUGGACCUCACAAGGUCCCCCUUCCAAGUGCGCAUCCUCGAGGACCCUGUAAGGGCUUGCAUGAACCCUACAGUGAGACGGAGGAUGAUGACUGGUGCUAGCCUCUGGGGAUGGGAGGAGGGUAAGAGGAAAAAUGCUAAAUGACAGAACAAUGGAGAGAACAAUAAUGGGAAGCCCUAUUCUAGAGCACUGACUGCCAAGGGAAACCAUGAUUCUUUCUUUCUUGUUUCUUCAAUUUUUAUUUCUCUCCUCCAAUGCUUGGCAUGCCUCAGAGGUUUCAGGUCCAGCAAAGGCAUGGGUGUCAGAGUGAAGGUAUGGAACAAAAAUGCUGAGGCGAAAGCCUGAUUGAAAAGUACACGAAGGGGAGAUAUCAUUAUCGGUCUGCUUGCAUUUUUGUUGCAUUCUUCUCUUGAUGCUAAAGGAUGAAAAUCUGAAGUUGCAUUUGCAAAGAUGCAAAAGAAGGUGUGAUGGACACUAGUCAUUUUGUGUCUUAAAUUAUGCCUCUGGCAUUGCGCUACAGCCACUUAAAAGAUGUCAAGAGUCGUGACUCAACAAGAAACACUUUACAUUCAGAAGAAGAAGAAUCACCGUGUGUUGCUACUCAGAACUUCAGUUAUGUAGCUGCAAAAAGAAUCCAACCCUCCCAGCCACCAGAUGAAUAUUGAUGAGUUUUAUCAUCUGUUUUUAAGUAAGAACAAAAUUGAAAAUCUGCCUUCCGCCUGUGUGAGGUGUGCAGGGCACGUGGGUGGGAGAGUUGGGGCCGUGUGGUGCGGGGUGACAAGUCUCUAAAUCGAACUCUAUAGAGGAAAAGGCGGGAUGGAGUGGGGAUGUCUACCAUUGUCCCUUCUCAUGAAAACAAUUUAACCAACCUCAACUUUUGACCUAUGAAAGAAGAAAAACAAAAAAGUGAAGAUGGUUGUCAGAAAAAAAACUCUUUUCUGCUGUAUUUCUUCUACUCCUGCAGCUGCUUCUCCUUCUUCUUCCUGGUCGUCCUUCUUCAAAACAUUGAAGCUUGAAUCUUCUGUUGCACCCAACACAGCGUCAUUCUGUUAGACUUGCAAAGUUGUGCACCCUGUGAAAACCUGCAUGAAUGAAACAAAAAAAAAGAAUUGUAUUAAUAGCAACAAUGAGAAUCUACUGUGUGAUGGGGGAAUUUUUCAUUGGUCUUUUCUGUUGUGCUGUGUAGAGCUUCUCUCUUUUGAGUAAAAAUACCUUUCUGUUUCUCUCUGUCUCCUUUCUACAAUGCAUUGCCUUCCUCUGGAUCAUCAUCACUUCCACUAAAAUCAGAUGUAACAAGGAUAAUAUAGAGACUGGGUGUAUCUAAAUGGGAUGAAGGGGUUGCUGUUGCUUGCCUGUCUGUAUGUUCUGUGCCAAAUGCCUGCCACAUACUUUUUUGAGGAAGUAAUUUUUUGUAACUAAGAUGAUAAUCAUAAAAAAAGACAUACUGGGAAGCAGGGUAAGAGCAUCUGGUAACAAUUCAUAACUGUGAAUACGUUUGGAAAUUCAUUUACAUCUCAAAGUCUUCCAGGGUUUGGGGUUAAAACAAAUAUUAGAGAGAAAGAGAGCAA